UCUCUCACAGAUACUGUUAGAACAAGAUAUAAAGGAAAGUAGUUCGCAAAACAAUGGAUUAUAAAGAUAAAUAAAUUGAGGGAGACAACUCUCCCUCCACCAGAAGCUUAACCAUUUUCUUGAAGAAAAACCAAUCUCACCAAAUCCCUUAUUGAACCAUCUCGAAGGAAAACACCUCUCUUUUCCUCGGUAACAGUAGCUAUGAAGCACAGGAAAAGCAACAAUCUCUCAGUAUUUGUUGUGGUUUUUUCUGUUUUCCUCUUUGGUGUUUUCAUGUACAAUGAGGACGCUAAGUCCAUGGCUGAAUUCCCAUUUUCUUGGCCUAGAUCUCAAGAAAUUCAAGAAGAACCAUCGAAAGAGGCCAACCCAGUUCAAGAAACCACCAAGAAUGAAGAACAAGCUACUGUUUCUCUCAAUUCUAGAACGUCAGUAGAAGAACCUCAUGACAAAAACACUGAUCAAGAAUCUGAUGGCAAUUCCAAGAAAUCAUCCAUUGCAGCUAAAGAAGAUAAGCAGAAGAUUGAAUUGCCAUCGAUGGAGGAAGAAGAUGAUGAGGAGGUUGAAUUGCCACCUGAACAGUGCGAUCUAUUUACAGGGAAAUGGGUUUUUGACAAUGCAACGCGUCCUUUAUACAAAGAAGAUGAGUGUGAGUUUCUUACAGCUCAAGUGACAUGCCUUAGAAAUGGUAGAAAAGACUCUAUGUACCAGAAUUGGAAAUGGCAGCCUAGAGAUUGUUCUUUACCAAAGUUCAAGCCAAGACUAUUGCUAAACAAGCUAAGGAACAAGAGGCUUAUGUUUGUUGGAGACUCACUGAAUAGAAAUCAAUGGGAAUCAAUGAUUUGUUUGGUUCAAUCUGCAAUUCCUCCUGGCAGGAAAACCUGGAGGAAGGAAGGGUCUCUUGCUAUUUUCACUAUGGAGGACUACAAUUCCACAAUAGAGUUUUAUUGGGCCCCAUUUCUUGUGGAGUCAAACUCUGAUGAUCCUAAUAAGCACAGCAUCUUGAACCGUAUAAUUAUGCCAGAAUCAAUCAAUAAACAUGGUGUUAAUUGGAAAAAUGUGGAUUAUCUAAUUUUCAACACAUAUAUAUGGUGGAUGAACACUGCCUCCAUGAAAGUUCUACGCGGAUCGUUCGAUGAAGGAGCCACUGAAUAUGAUGAGAUCCAACGGCCAGUAGCAUAUAGGAGAGUUUUGACAACAUGGUCUAAGUGGGUAGAUGAAAAUGUAGAUCCUAAUCGUACCAUGGUCUUCUUCAGUAGCAUGUCUCCUCUCCAUAUCAAGAGCUUGGAUUGGAACAACCCAGAUGGAAUAAAAUGUGCUAAGGAGACCACUCCAGUGCUCAAUACAAGUAUGCCUUUGAAUGUGGGCACAGACCGUAGGCUAUUUGUUAUAGCAGCAAAUUUGACACAAUCAAUGAAAGUACCUGUCCAUUUUAUCAACAUUACCACCCUCUCUGAAUAUAGAAAAGAUGCACAUACCUCUGUCCACACCAUCCGCCAAGGAAAGAUGCUAACCCCGGAACAGCAAGCCGAUCCGGCGACCUAUGCGGAUUGUAUACAUUGGUGUCUACCCGGAUUGCCGGAUACGUGGAAUGAGUUUAUAUACACACGUAUCAUUGCUCGCUCAUGACUCAGAAAAACUCACAUGAGCAAUUUUUUUUUUUAAUUUUAUGUGUUGAAUCUUCUUGUGCUUUCCCCACAUUGCCUUUUUUUAGCUUCUUAUAGUUUGAAUUUUAGGUUCAAAUCAUCCACAACAUUUUUUUUGAGGAACUUUGUUGAGCCUUAACUAGACUGAGGUGGAGAGCUUAUCACAAGGUAUGAAAAUUGUACAUUUUGGGGAAAAAGAGGACAUGUGGUAGUGGAUACACCCAUUUCAAUUGUAUAAUGCCAAUGUGCAAACAACAUAAUAAAGUAAAUACCAACUUGUAUGUAA